AUGGAGAUGGUGCUGCGAAAGUUGGAGACAAUCGAUCGAAAAUUAUUGGAACUUCAGUUGGAAUUCCAUGAACAGCGGGAGCAAAUGGUAAACUUCGAGGCAUCUCAUGAGAAAAUAUCCACCGAUUUCCUGAGGGAAAUACAUCGCUUGGAAGAUCGACUGGAGAAGGACGUCGGUCGGAAUAUGAGUGUUCUACAACAACAUUCGUUGCUGAUCCUGAAGCAGCAAACGGCGUGCGCCAAUUACGAAAAGCUUCGUGAAAAAUUGUUUAAUUUUACGCCAAAGGACAACGAAGGAUUGGGGCAAUCGGAGGAUGGCGCGAAGUUCUUCAACUCAUUCUAUGAAUCGCAAAUGAGGGGCUGUGUCAUACCAAAAGCAGAGCAAUCCCAGCCAGAAAGUGACACAACAGGAUCAUCAACAACAAGUACUACACCAAAAACAGCUACACUGAAACCACCUCCUUUCACAUCGUGCGUUGAUGUACCAUAUAAGGACUCAGGAAUCUAUCUGAUCAGUAUCAGCGACGAAACUGAGCCGUUUGAAGUGUUUUGUGAGCAGGAGAAGUUUGAUGGAGGUUGGAUCGUAGUACAGCAUCGGUUCGAUGGAUCGGUUGAUUUUAACCAGAACUGGGCAAAAUACCGUGAUGGUUUCGGUAAUUUCGAUAAGGAAUUCUGGCUCGGUCUGGAGAAAAUGCACCUGAUCACAACAGCUCGACCGCAUGAAAUAAUAUUCGAGAUAAAGGACUUUUGGGACAACUAUGGCUAUGCCCGAUAUGAUGCAUUCAAAAUAGCAAAUGAGAGUGAGCAGUACCGUUUAUCAAUAGGAAUGUACAGCGGCACUGCAGGUGAUUCGAUGGCACACCACAGAGAUAUGAAGUUCUCCACGAAGGAUCGAGAUAACGAUAUGUACGAUGAUAAAUGUGCUGAAAAUUGCAAAGGUGCUUGGUGGUACAACGAUUGUUGCAAUUCGAAUCUGAACGGUAUGUACAGGAAUUUCGAUUAUUGGCAUUCUAUGUUUUGGUAUAAAUUCAAUAAGAGAGAACCAGGAUUAAGCUUCUCUAGGAUGAUGAUCCGCGAAUUAUAA